CCUCUCGCCAGGUCCCGCCCCUUCCGCUCGGGACGGGGGCGGGGCUGCCUGGUCUUUGCAGGCGCCACUUCCGCCCGUGCGAUGGGGCAGCCGGCCGCCCGGGAGCGGACUCCCCUACAACGCCGGGUAGCGCGCACGGUCCCGCGGGGAGGUAGAGAGUAAAACAAUGGCAGGCAACAACCAGCUUUGCAUCCGACGUUGGACUACUAAGAAUGUAGCCAAAUGGCUAAAGGAAGAAGGCUUCUGCGAGUAUGUGGACAUUUUGUGCAAUAGACACAGACUGGAUGGUAUUACAUUAUUGACACUGACUGAAUAUGAUUUGCGAUCCCCUCCUUUGGAAAUCAGAGUCCUGGGGGAUAUCAAAAGACUAAUGUUGUCGAUACGCAAAUUGCAGAAACAGCACAUUGAGGUUUUAGAAGAGUUGGGUUACAACAGCGAUAGUCCCAUUGGCACAAUGUCUCCCACUGUUGGCUCCCUUCAAGGUACGGAUUGGUUUUGUAAUGGUGAAGUACCACGGGACUGUGGACCAGUUACUGACCUGAAUGCUGAUCAUUAUCAAUACACAAAUGGGAAAAACAAACAUCCUAUGCGAAGACUGGACCCUGAGUACUGGAAAACAGUCUUAAGUUGUAUAUAUGUUUUCAUAGUGUUUGGCUUUACGUCAUUUGUCAUGGUUAUAGUACAUGAGCGCGUACCUGACAUGCAGACAUAUCCACCACUACCAGACAUAUUUCUAGACAGUGUUCCUAGGAUACCUUGGGCCUUUGCCAUGACUGAAGUGUGUGGUGUGAUUCUCUGCUAUAUUUGGCUCCUGGUUCUCCUCCUUCACAGACACAGGUCUAUACUCUUACGCAGACUUUGUAGCUUAAUGGGGACAGUCUUCUUGUUGCGUUGCUUUACAAUGUUUGUUACCUCACUCUCUGUGCCAGGCCAGCAUCUGCAGUGUUCUGGAAAGUUGUAUGGCAACGUGUGGGCAAAACUUCAGCGAGCAUUUGCAAUAUGGAGUGGUUUUGGAAUGACGCUCACUGGAGUACAUACAUGUGGAGACUACAUGUUCAGUGGCCAUACUGUUGUCCUGACUAUGCUGAACUUCUUUGUCACUGAAUAUACACCAAGAAGCUGGAACUUCUUGCAUACUUUAUCUUGGGUGCUGAAUCUCUUUGGAAUCUUCUUCAUUUUGGCUGCACAUGAACAUUACUCUAUAGAUGUCUUCAUUGCCUUCUACAUCACCACAAGACUCUUUUUGUACUACCACACAUUGGCUAAUACCAGAGCAUAUCAGCAAAGUAGGAGAGCGAGAAUCUGGUUUCCAAUGUUUUCUUUUUUUGAAUGCAAUGUUAAUGGUACAGUUCCUAAUGAGUAUUGCUGGCCCUUUUCAAAACCCACAAUAAUGAGAAGGUUAAUUGGAUGAAGAGUACCUAGUUUAAUCUAAAUUAGUCUGAAGUAUCCGUAACAAAUCUUUACAGAACUAGCUGGAAAAAUAAGAAAAUAACUGUUUCCAUCCCUGUGGUCUCCUCAUGCCCUGCUUCUUAGAGUCUCCGUCACAAAGUUGGGAUUUCCAUACUUCACAAGGUAGUAGUAGAAAGUAACGGUAGGAGGCUAGGUAGAGGCUGCCCAUAGAUCAUUAUGAAUCUGAAAUAGAGAAGUCAUUAUUUCCAUUGGCAUGAUUCUACAAAAAUGCUUUAGGGUAAAGAAUAACUUACACUUUUUUAAUGUGUGCUUUACCUGACUUGCUGUUUUGAGGUCCAGAUGAUCUCUGGUACCAUGAAUGUUUGCCUGUACAAAUAAUACUAAGUACUAAUUUGUUAGCCACUGACUUCCUUUUAAAAAUAAUAUUAAAUAUAACUUUUUCUGUUGAGGCUUUCAAAAUGAAAUUCUGAAGAGUAGCUUGUCAGAAUAAGGAAGGCAGUUUUGCUCUUUACUAAACGGGUUCCCAGAAAUCUUAAAUAAGAAUUCUGAAAAAGGUAUAAUAGAAAUGUGUAUAUAUACAGAAUGCCAGAAAUGAAACGGCCUGCUUUUUUGAUUUAGGUGUUGUCAGGUAUUAAGAUGGUGUUUUGAACAGGACUUAUUUGGUCAGAGUAAACAGUUUAUGCCAUUGUCCAACUAUUUGGACGAUUCCUUGUUGCAUUUCAACAAAUGGGUUAGAAAUAAAAGCUACAUCUGUUGAAAAUGAAGUUGAGGUAGCUUUAGUGUUUGAGUCACAUAGUUACUCUCUCUUCUGUAUGGUUUAUCAAACACUUGGCCUAAACCUAUGCAUGCUUUUUAUGAGCAACUCUUUAACCACUAGAGGAAUAGAACAGUUAAAUUUAUGUAGUGCCUCGUAAAUAGAUGGGGAAAUGCAUAUAGUGAUUUCCGCCCCUCCCCCCAUUCAGGAAAAGUUUUAAAGCAAGUUUCAGAAAUAGUGCUAAUGCUGAUCUUCUUUUUUUUAUUAAAUUUUUUGUCCCAGUCCAUCUGGAAUCGGCAAACAUUAAACAUAUUUGAAUGCCUAAGAGGUUUUUUUGACAAACUCUAUAUACAGUAAAUGCUUUUAUGCUUAGUCUUAGCAAUUAUGAAAAUAGACUGAUUGUUAGAAAUAAGCUGCUUGUUUAUGAUCCUAGGAGUUAGUGUCUUAAGCGGUUUAGCUUCUGUGAUAAGGAACACUUUUUUGAGAGAUUCAGAUUUUGCUUGUGAAAGACUAAUGAUUAGAACUGGAGCCUGAAGUAGUGUGUGCAAGCAAGGCACAUACCUGUUAGUGAUCUUACAAACCGCUAUUCAUAUAUUUUUUGUGUGCAAGAAGGUAGCUUUAACUGUAGUUACUCAGAUUUUAGUGGGGAAUAGUAGUUAACUUGAGAGUUGUGAAUUGCAACAAAUAUAUAAAUGUUAGUGAUUAAUGUUAAUUCACUAUCACAUAAUUUCAGAAUGGCUAGCAUGUGAGAAGAGGUAGUGUAAUGUCAGCCUCGAAAAAUUUCCAUGACAUUUUGCCAUCCUGAUACAAACAGUUCAUUCCCACUUUACAGUGACUAUAGGAAAACUGCAAUACGUACUGUACUUGCUUGUCGUCAACAACAACAACAAAUUUACCCAGUCAAAUAGAAUUUUGCAAGACUGAGUUAGGUAUUUGAAGGUCCACGAUCUAGUAUGGUCUCCCAUCUCUACAUUUAUGGGCCUUAACAAAACUACUUUAAACUUGGAAUUAGAAGCAGUAAUUAAUGAGAGAAUAUAUUACCCACUCUUCAUAAUGUUUUUUAAAAGUUUGCAAGUUUAUUUAGUUCCUGUUCCUGGGAGGAAUUCCAUAUCCCAGAGUAUCUGUACCAAAUGCAGGCGCACACCUAGUGUAACUUACUUUGCUCUGCAGACUUUGAUAUCUGUAACAUUCCUGUUCUUUAACAAACCUGCUGCUAAUGGUAAAGCAUCCAAACCUGCUGAGUGCUCCCAGCACCUAAAGUAAGGAAAUGCACUGACACUUUGCAAAACAGAAUCUUUAGUCUCCAAGGACUUACGUUUUUAUGAUAAACGACCUUUGUUUGCUGCCCUUGCCUUCCUGAUAGGAAGAGGCAAUCUGAACAUUCCUCUCCAGUACUCUGGAAUAAAACAUCCCCACUUAUGGACAUACACUUGCUUCUGCAGUGCCCAAUAAUUCAUUGGGCCAUUGUUAACAGUGUUAUUUCUUUAACACUUUAAUGUGUGUCCAAAAUGUGUACAGAUUUAUAUUCUUUGAGGUUUUUGAUACUUUAGGGGGGAAAAGGAAUUAAAAAUGCAACUACAUUUGCAAAGCUGUUGACUCUGAAAGUAACUCCAGACUGCAGACUUCUGUGUCUGAAUUGUAGAAUUCUUUUUCAGUCUUUUAUUUACUCAUGUCUAGUAAAGCAAAAAGUUCUAUAACUUAUCACAAGUGUUUACAUAAACUAAAAUGACAUCUCAAGAUUUUUGUGUGUAAUACUUCAAGUUCAAAUCUUUGUUUUUGAAGCCUAAACGUUCUUGGGUUUUUAUCUUGCCUCCAGGUUUAUUUAUUUCUAAAGUGCUGUUUACAUCUAAAGUAUUGAUAAGUCAGUAUUGCUGUUUGUUUUUUGAAUAUUUUUAUGAAAAUAGGAUAUUUGCUAUCUACACCAUUGCUUUAUGUAUUCACACACUGAUCCUCUUGCUGCUAAGAAUCCGUUUCCGAUAUUUGUAACAUGCAGGAUUCAUUUCCUGGGAACUGGGCAGGGCUUUAAGACUGUCAGUCCUUCUGUUUCUUGGAGGUUAGGCCUAUCUGCCAAUAAACACAAAUGCAGUAGUUCAUAACGAUUUUCUGACUAUACAGAGAAAACAAAAUAUUUCAGGUGCUUUUGUUCAGCAUUUCAAAACAAGAGUUGGCCCUUAAAGCAAUACUGGCAACUUGAUUGAAAUGAAUUUUUGGGGGGGGGUCUAAAGUCAAGUGAGGUACGGAAUUUUUAAAAUGUUUUAGACAGGUUUUUCUGCUCCUUUGCUGUUAACAAGUCUUAGUGUUUGUUUUUGCAGCAGAAAGGUUGGGCCUGAAUAAUGCUAAACAUGAUCAAGCUUGCUGUGCCUCCCCUUUUUAUGACCACACACACUUGCCUGCUGCCUCUUCUAUUUCAGCUUAUCUGCAGCUCUUUCUGGCAGAUGUCCUGUUUUGAGGGGGAACUCAUGUACCGUUCUACCCCAGUCUCUGCAACAGGACAUGUGUGAUGUCAUCAGGUUAGUGCUUUAUACAGGAAGUGCAAAUGAUGAACAAACCCAUGAAACGGACUUUCAAACACACAAAGUAAAUAAACUGAAUCAAAUAGAGAAACAUUGCUCUAAUCUUUCAGUUGCAAGGAAUACCUGAGAUUAUUGGAACAAUAGGGUCAGAUUUACAGAUGGAAGUCAUUUUUCCCCCAAAACUGAUUGUCCCUUUUAACUUGGCUGAAAUAGUUGAGGUAUUGAGGGACUCUGUGGCUUAAUACUUGAGACAAAAGUGUAAAUUCAGUUUUAGAUUUUUGGCAUAUAUAGUGAAGGUGACACGCAAAGGGGAAAGUGCCCUUUCUCGGUCUCGUGACAUAAGAAGGCUGAAAGCUAUGCAAAUUUUGUGUGUUCAAAAACAAAAGAAUCAAAAGGUCUUGAUUCUUUUUGCUGGAGGAGUCCUUGGAAGACUGGAAAAUUAGUGGGAUUGUGACACUACCAGAGAAUGAACCUGAACACAAAAAAAACAAGUACUUUUUAAAAUGGUUUAAUGCAAACUCCUGAUAAAGACUUUGGAGAGCAUCUUUUUUUCAAAGAUUCAACACCUCUGCUUUUCAACUGAGGACUCAAAGCUUCCACUCCACUUCUCUAUUCCUUUUUCGGAGUCCUCCGGCAAAAACAGGACAACUCGAUAGUUCUGAUAUUUCUAAGAUAAUCAAAUCAGCAGAAACAUUUUAAUAAGUCCCCCAAGUCCUCAGACUUUCAGGAUUGACUUAGAGACAGAUCUUGCAAGGUGUCAAGCACACAGCUUGAUCUAGCAAAGCAUAUGUUUAACUUUUUAAGCACGUGAGUAGACCCAUUAGCUUCAGUGAGAUUACUCCUGCUUUAAGUGCUUCCCUGGGUCUGGGCCGGCAUGCUCAGCACCAUCUAGAACCGAUCCUUGAUAUUACAAAUAAGUGGGCACAGGAUUUUGUUUUCUAUUUUAGGUCACAUUAAAUCUCCAUGCACCAUAUGGAAAAGAUAUUGUACUGGAACAUGUAAGAUAAAUGAAUGUUCGAAGUAAAGUCACUUCUGUAGAGAUGACAUCAAAUCUAGGACCAUUGGUAUUAGUGGUUUGAUGUUACAAGAAGCUGAGCUCAGUGAAAAUGAGCGGGAAAUCCCAACUGCCAGUGCUAAUAUGGUAAAUAAAACCUUUUUACAAGUUUCUAACCCCACAGGCCCCAAAACUUGGCUAUUUUAUAAAUGUGUAGAUAGAUCAAGAAUUGCUACACUGAACAGUUUUCCCAUUUGGCUAACUGUAUUUUUUGUCAUAUGGUACAAAAAAGAAUAACACAUAAAUCAAUAUUUAAAACAGCAUUCCUAAAGUCUGCAUAACUUUCUAUUAGAACAGCAAUAUUAAGUACUUAUACACUACAGUGCUAUGCUGUUUCAUUACUCGUUGCACAAUUUCUUAUUAAUACAAUAAAAUCAAGUUACUUGGAAUUGUCUGAGUUUUAUGGAAGUCCUUUUGUAGACUUCAAGUACCACAUAAUAAAAGUAAUGAAUAAUUAGUCAUUUGUCCUUCUUGUAUUGUUUUUUCUAUUUGAGAAGAUUAAAAGAUAUUUUUGUCAAGAAGGAUUUUGCCAUAAUUUAUGUUGCUUUAUUCAAAACAAUUUAGGAUUCUUUAAAAGAAAGUUCACCCAUGGUAAUUAUAAAGCCAGUAUGGCUUUGUAGGGUUUGCAGUUUGUAAUUAGUAGAUAGCCCAACAAUGAACUAACAUGAACUGUGAAUUACCUCGCCUGCCUAGAGGCCUUUUUGUGUCAAGGAUUAAUUGGUAGACCACUAAUAAUCCACAUAUAUGUAUUUUUCUGAUGUUCCUUUGAGACAUGGAGAGAUUUUUUGAAAGAUUGUCUGAUUUUUAUGAUUUGAUUUGAAACAGUGUUAUGUCAUGGGCAAAGUUGGCAUGGAAUUAACCUACGAAAUAGUUCUCCUUCAUUGUAAACAUCUGUCUGAACACUAAAAGGCACAGUACUAUAUUAAACCUGUUUUCAGUCAUCCGUUUUGUAGUUUCUGGUAAUGCUCGUAGCUUGAGCCACAAGUGUGUUACAAUGAACGGAAUGUACAUAGUUUUACGUGAUAUACAUUUUCAGAACAGAGUUGUGGUAGUUGUGUAAGAAUUUAAAAUAACUUUUAAAAAGUGGAGCGUAUUGAAUUCCUGUAUUAACCCCAUGAUUUAAGUAGUGACUUUACUUUAAAUUUAAUGUAAUGUCCUCUUUCAUUCAAUUAUAAGUGACUUAUUAUACAGAGAAAUUACAAACUACACUAGUGUAUAGUGCUUAGCAUAAAAAGGUGUAUAAAAACUAGUAUGUAAAGGUUUUUGGGGAAAAUGUUUGCACUAAACACAGAUCUUUUCGUUAAGUACACACGUGUACGUACGCGCGUGCGUGCACACACACACGCACCCACACACACACAAUAGUGUUACUUGAAAGUUCCCGCGGCAGUGAAGUUUGAAGCACAGUAAUGUAAAUAAGUAAAUAUUGUUUUGACUCUAAAAUUAAACUCAGAUUUAAUUAAUAUAUUAUUUUUAUCUUGUAUUAAAACAAAUAUUUAAAAGCAUUAAAAAUAAAAUCUUUGGAAGAUG